AUAAACAGUAUAUAUGAGCCCUCUACAGCGAGGCCGGCACUCAGAGGGACUCCUGAGCACUGAGGAAGGGACCACGUAUCACCGCACCAGCGGACCCAACAUGCCACAGUACAAGCUGACAUACUUCAAUCUGCGAGGACGAGCAGAAAUCAGCCGCUACCUCUUUGCUUAUUCGGGCACCAAGUACGAAGACCACAGGAUAGAAGCAGCAGACUGGCCCAAAAUCAAACCAACUAUCCCAUUUGGCAAAGUCCCCAUUCUGGAAGUAGAUGGAGUUAUCAUUCACCAGAGCCUGGCAAUAGCAAGAUACCUUGCCAGAGAAACAGGUCUGGCAGGUCAGACACCUGUGGAACAGGCUCUAGCGGAUGCCAUUGUGGACACCAUCGAUGAUUUCAUGACGCUGUUCCCUUGGGCGGAGAAAAACCAGGACGUGCGAAAAAAAGCCUUUGACGACAUCCUCACCAACAAAGCACCCGAGCUACUGAAAGAUUUGGACACUUUCUUGGGGGAUAACACCUGGCUGGUGGGGAAGUCUGUGACGUGGGCUGAUUUCUACUGGGAGGUGUGCAGUACGACCCUCCUGUCCUGCAAACCCGACCUGGCAGACAAGCACCCGCGGCUCCGUGCCCUGCGGGACAGGGUGCAGGCGCUCCCGGCCAUCGCAGCCUGGAUCCAGAAAAGACCCAAGACCGUCAUGUAGAUCAGCUCUUCAGGCUGGGAAAAAAACGAACACAUGUUUAGUUUUCAACAUGACAAGCAUUCUAACUUAUUUAGAAACACUUAAAUUAAUUUCAGAUGUGUAUUAUAGAGAAUCAAAACCUGACGUUUGUAUCCAUGUGUAGGAGAGAAUCUAAAAAGCUGAUUUAGUAGAGCCUGAGGGAGAGAUGUGGAUUACUAAUAAAGUGCUUGAUCAACCCAA